UUAUACAUUAUCCAAAAAAAAAAAAAAAAAGUGUAAUGGGGGGUAUAUUUGAAAAACUAACCCUUGUCUGCCCAAUCUUGAUAUUCCUUCCGCUCGAACUACUUUUGCUUUGCUUGCUUCCUUCCUUCCUUCCUGUUAUCACUCAUUCACUCUCUUUUAAGGGUUUUUAUUUAUUUUGCGCCUUCCUCCUCCACUUCGACUCUCCUCUCUUCUGUGUAACCCUUUCUCUCUCCUCUUCAUUUUCCUCCAUUUUCGAUCAUCAAUGGCUUCCUCCGACUCUCGCAAUCCCAUCACUGUUACUCCUCCCAACCAGAUCGCCAAAGAUUUCCCUGGGCCAGACAAUCCGAUUCCGCUUUCACCUCAAUGGCUCCUCCCUAAGCCAGGGGAGACUAAGACUGGGAUGUCACAAGGGGGAAAUCGCCCAAGUCCUUAUCCUGGAUACGGUGAUGGCUCAGAUGUCAUCAAGCCUCCAGGACAUGGUGAGGAGAUGCAUGAUAGCCAGAAGAAAAAGGAUGUUUUCAGACCAACUUUUCUUGAUCAAGAAUCUGGGCGUCGUGAUCGUUGGCGUGAUGAAGAAAGGGACACUAACCCAUUAGGUCGUAGAGACCGUUGGAGGGAGGGAGAGAAAGAGAUUGGUGACGGUCGGAAGACUGACCGGUGGGUUGAUAACCCGUCCAGUAAGAACUUUGGAGAAGCACGUCGAGCUCCAGCUGACAGAUGGGCUGAUCCUAGUAGGGAGAAUAACUAUGAUCAGCGUCGUGAGAGUAAGUGGAACACACGCUGGGGUCCCGAUGAUAAAGAGGUGGAUAAGUGGACUGAUGCUGGGAAACAUGGUGACAUGCCUCAAGAUAAAGGGCAGUCACUUACAGCUGCUAGUCAUGGAAAGGAUGAGAGGGAUGGUGAUCAUCAUCGGCCAUGGAGGCCUAGCUCUUUGCAAAAUCGUGCAAAAGCAGAACCACCACAUCACCAGCCUCAAAUGACUAGCAAAGAAGGUCCUACAUUUGGCCAUGGGAGAGGUCGUGGGGAUAAUGCAACUUUUUCUGUUGGUCGUGGAAGGGCUACUUUUGGUGCUGGGAGCAUCAGUAACUAUUCUGUUCAUUCUCAUUCCUCACUUUUUAAUUCUGACAGAGGUGAUAAUGGUCAUGAAGAACCUUCUCCUUUCAGCUAUAAUAGGACAAAGUUGCUUGAUAUUUAUCGGCUGACCGAGAUAAAAUCUUCGAAUAAGAUAUUGGAUGGAUUGAAGCAAGUUUCCUCUCUUACUCAGGAAGAACCAUUGGAGCCUCUGGCGCUGUGUGCACCUACUUCAGAAGAAUCAGUUAUUAUGAAGGGAAUUGACAGGGGGGAAAUAGUAAGCAGUGGUGCACCCCAGAAUUCUAAGGAUGGAUCUGCUGGACGAAGCUCAAAUGAUUUUGCUCAAUCAAGGCGAAUAAAACAUGGUACCAAUUGCAGCAGAGAUGAUGUAUCUCUACCUCCCGAUGAAGCCCAUGAUAAAGCUGCAAGAGAUGACGAUUCUUCUUUAAAGAAGGGCGAUGAAGUCACUGAUAACAAAGAUUCUGGCAUUAAGGGACGUGUUUAUACUCAGUCGGGAACUCCCUGGAGAUCACCGUCGCUGGAAGAGCAUGCAAAUGCUCACUCACGUGAUUGGUUUAAUAGUCCAAGUGGUGUUCGCUCUAGAAGCUCUGACAUUAGCUGGACACAAGCACCAAAAGAUAGCUCUAAUGUUUUACCUGAUUCAUCUUAUGCUCAAAAUGAACUCAAAUGGCAAGUUGGUGAAGAUUCUGCUGUCAGAAAACAUCCUGCUGUGACAGCUGAUCGGGAGCAAGAAACAAGGAAACUCUUACAACCUUCUCCGGAGGACAUGCUCCUUUAUUAUAAAGAUCCACAAGGUCAAGUUCAGGGUCCCUUUUCAGGUAGUGAUAUAAUUGGGUGGUUUGAGGCUGGGUAUUUUGGCAUAGACUUACGAGUUCGGCCAGUAAAUGCUCCAAUUGACUCUGCAUUCUUCUUACUUGGUGACGUGAUGCCCCACUUACGAGCUAAGGCAAGGCCACCACCUGGGUUUAAUACAGCAAAGCAGAAUGAGGUAGCCGAUGUAUCUAGCAUUCCUGGUUUAAGUGGAUUUGGGAAGCCCCUUCCUGUUCCUACUGGGGGUGAUUUGCUUGGAAAUGAGCAUAGGCUUUCCCGCGGAACGUCAACAGAAGCCGAGAACAAAUUUCUGGAGUCGUUGAUGGCUGGAGAUGUCAGCAGUUCUCACAUGGAGAGAUUUGUCUCAAAAGGACUGCCAGGAUUUGCAGGACAGACUUCGACUGGUAUGCUUCCCUCGGGGGCUGAAAGUGCAGAUGCCCUCAACCUCUUGGCCCAAAGAAUGAACCUAGAACGACAAAAAUCAUUGAAUCAAUCUUAUCCGUACUGGCCGAAUAGAGAUGGAGCCCCUGUGGUUCCAAGCCCUGACAUUGUUAGGAACUCUUCUGUGCCACAGGCAAAUCUCCAUUCAACGAUUGGUGAUAUUCCCCAACAAUCUCUUCCUCAGAAUGUUGAGAUGAUGUCCAUUCUUCAAGGAUUGUCUGAUAGGCCUUCUAGUGGGGUGAACAAUGGAUUAGGUGGUUGGCCAAAUUUCUCUGUACAAGGUGGCAUCGAUCCAUUUAAAGAUAAAAUUGACUUGCAUCACGGACAGAAUUUUCCUCAAGUGCCAUAUGGAAUGCAACAGCAUAAGCUGCAGCCACAAAAUCAUCCAUCCAUGACAAAUUUACUUGCCCAGUCUCUGGACAACCCUGCCAUGGUGCCUGACAAGCUACUCUCAGCCGGUCUUACGCAGGACCCUCAAGCAUUAAAUAUGUUACAGCAGCAGUAUCUGCUGCAAUUACAAUCUCAACAGGCCGUCCCAGGACAGCUGUCAUUGCUGGAUAAGAUUCUACUGCUUAAACAGCAACAAAAACAAGAGGAGCAGCAACAGUUGUUGCGACAGCAACAACUGUUGCUUUCUCAGGUUCUGUCUGAGCAGCAGCUUGUCCAACGCUUUGGUGAUCCAGCUUUUGGACAAUUACAAACAUCUGCAUCACCUAUUGGAAAUACACCUGGUGACCAAUCUUUGGCUCAGCUCUCACCAUCAAUGUUCCAAUCUAACUCUCAAGUUCCUGUUUCUGGUGUGCCAGAUGAUAGGAUUAUCAGCAUUGCCAAUAUGCCUCCAAAACUUUCUCAGGAUUUGGGUCAUCAAGUACCUGCAGAGGGCUCUUCUUUGCACCUACCUCAUCAGAUGUUAGGAAUGCCUCAGAAUAAUUGGCCCUCUAUGUCAACACAUGCCGAUAGCAAUAAGAACCACUCUUUAUCAUCAGGAUCAGAAAUGAUGGAAAAUAUUGCCUCCUCUGAAGCAAUGGAGAAACCUUUGAGUGCUGCUGCAAUUGAGCAUUCCAAUUCUGAUUUAAGUGCACAGUCUUUUUCCGAUCAGGUGGUAGAGAGCGAUUCAAAAACAGCCCCACUUCCUACUUUGGCUGCAGACCCAGGGGUGAGUUUGUCAACUGCUGAUUUUGUACCUUCAGAGUUGUCUGAAUCAUCUGCUAGCAGAUCCUCUGUGGUCCCUCAGGGAAAUGAGAUAAAGCUUACAUCUGCCAGUGCGCCCGAGGAAAACUCUGUCAAAGAGAGUCAUGAAGAGCUAUCAGCUUCAAAAGAAGUAAAGAACGUUGAAGCACGUGAGGUUAAGAAAACUUCUGAUAAGAAAUCAAGAAAGCUCAAGUCUUCCAAGGCACAACCAUCUCCUGACCAGGGGAAGGGGGCUUUUAAAGUGUCUAAUGUGCAGAAAUCUAAGCAAUCUGAAGUUGAAGGAGCACUUAGUGCAAACAAGUCGGAUUUGUCUGUCACUGCCAAAGGUGCAUUAGAUGGAAGGCCUAUGGAGAUGUCUAGGGAAAUAGAGAAUACAGCAGAAAUUGAUCUUUCUACUUCACCUAAUCAUACUGGCAGUGCUUUUGAAUCUAUGGAGGGCAAAGGUGAACAGAAACAGAGUGAUUCUACUACACAGAGAAGUGCUCAGGUAAAUUCUGCUCAGAGGGCUUGGAAACCAGCUGUUUCUGUGAAGCCGAAGUCACUUUUAGAAAUUCAACAAGAAGAGCAGAAGAGAGCACAGAUGGAGAUCCCUGCUUCUACCGUCUCUGCCUCUGUUAGUUCUAUGAGUUUCUCCUCUCCUUGGGGUGGAGUGGUUACUCAUGUGGAACCGAAAGUGGGUAAAGAAAUUCACCCAGAUAGUAAUAUUAGUGAUAUGGGUAAAACUGAGUUACCAAAGAGCAAGAAGAGUGGGUUACAUGAUCUUUUGGCUGCAGAAGUUUUAGCAAAGUCUAGCAACAGAAGUACUGUGACUGACAAUUCUAUAAGUCUCCCUCCUUUACCAACAAUAUCUAGUCAGCCAGAUGUGGUUGAUGAUGAUAAUUUUAUUGAGGCUAAAGAUACCAAGAAGAGUCGCAAGAAAGCUGCAAAGGCUAAAGUUGCUGGAGGAAAGGUUUCAGCAUCAGUGUCUUCUGCGGAUGUGGCUGUUGCAUCCAGUCCUGUUGAGAAAGUAAAAAGUACUAAGCAUAUACAAGCUGUAAAGGAAGUAUUGCCUGUACCACCAUCUGGUCCAUCUCUGGGAGACUUUGUUCCAUGGAAGGGUGAAUCAACUAGCCCUUCUCCAGCUCCUGCAUGGUCUUCAGAUUCUGGUAAAUUUUCCAAACCCACAUCACUGAGGGAUAUUUUGAAAGAACAGGGGAAGAAAGGGGCUCCAGCUCAGCAGUACGCACCAACAUCAACUCCGCCAAAACUUAAUACCACUCAGACGCGACCAGGCUCUUGGUCAGUUUCAGCUUCAUCCCCAUCAAAAGCUGCAUCUCCUGUUCAGGUCAAUUCCCAACUCUCUACACAAUCCAAGUAUAAAGGAGAAGAUGAUCUGUUUUGGGGUCCACCGGAUCAAUCAAAGCAAGAAGCCAAACAGUCAGUCUUUCCUCAACUUGGCAACCAAGGGAGUUUGGUAGCCAAAAGCACUCCUGUUAAAGGAACUCCUGCAGCUUCUAUCAGCCGACAAAAGUCCACUGUUAGCAGGGCUGUGGAGCACAGUAUUUCAUCUUCACCUGUCUCUUCUCAGGUUUCUGGGAAAGGGAAACGAGAUGGAAGUACUAAGCACUUGGAGGCAAUGGACUUCAGAAAUUGGUGUGAGACUGAAUCAGUUCGGCUUACUGGAAGCAAGGACACAAGUUUCCUAGAAUUUUGCUUGAAGCAGUCCAGAUCUGAGGCCGAGACACUUCUUGUAGAAAAUCUUGGAUCUUUUGAUCCAAAUCAUGAAUUUAUUGAGAAGUUUUUGAAUUACAUGGAGAUGCUGUCAGUGGAUGUGCUGGAGCUUGCCUUUCAAAGUCGGAAUGAUCUGAAGGCCUAUAACAAUGGUGCCAGAGACAUGAAUUCCGACUAUUCACGUGCAAGAGACUUAAAUAGAGACGGUGUAGUGAGUGCUGAUGGGUCAACUAAAGGAGGGAAAAAGAAGGGAAAGAAAGGAAAGAAGGUGAGCCCCGCUGUGUUGGGGUUCAAUGUUGUGAGCAACCGCAUCAUGAUGGGUGAAAUCCAGACCUUGGAAGAUUAAAAGAGGUGCUCGUUUUGUAUAUACAUUUGUCUGGACUUUUUGUAAAUGGUUUUCCUUUUUAGGCCUUCUAUUCCUCUCCAUUUUAGAGCAACGUAAGCAGUGACCAGUCUGUCCGCCGCUUAAGCCAAUUUUGUGUACUUGUAUCUUGUAAGGGCCCUUUAUUUUGUGGCUUCUCAUAGAACUAACAAGCUUUUGUUCUAAUUCAGGUAAACCUUUUUUGACCUUUUGGCCGCUUUAUUUUUCUUUUUUAAAAUAUUUUUUAAUUUGUAUUAGUAGAGAUAGCACAGCCCAAGUCUUGUAGCCAUGACAUAGUGAACGUAGAUGGACUGAAAUUCAUGUUGACUUGUAUGCUUUUCAUGAUAUAUUAAUAGGCUAGUGUUAGUGACUAA